AUGAAGGCGACUCUUUUGGCUAGUGCCCUUGCGGGCUUCACCCUCAUCGGACAGACCACUGCGGGCGCAGGUGCCACUGUCUACGCUUGCGUUUACUUUGCUACAAAGCCGACAACCCCAAUCCAAAUGAACUUCUCCGUUGAGAAUGCUCAAACCCACUGCAUGAACAACCAGGGCAAUGAUGUCUCGAUGACCAUUACUAGCGCUCCAGUCACUUGUGUGAGUGUUGGCUACGUUGAGCAAAAGUCGUCAUCCAGCGGAGGCGACACUUGCGCAACGGACAAGAGCUAUUGGGCGCUCUCAUAUACGUCCCCGAACACCGGGUACUCUGGCUCAAUGCUCAGCCGCUGGUCCGGUCACGACAUGUCGCUCUCAUCAGCUAGUGGCAAGACGCAGUUCUGCGGUAGCUCUGCACCAUGUGGCCAGACCGAAGUCACCUGGAGUGGCACUGGUACCAUCUAUUUACGAUUGUAUUGGGUCUACAGCCAAUUGAAAAACCAAAAACCCUAA